CAGGCUGGGCAGGUGAAGGGAAGGAGGGGUUUGUUGACAGGCCUGGGGGCUUGCCCCUGUGUUACCUGUCCUGUCCUGUGACUACCUCCCGGUUUCUGGAGUGGAGAAGCGCGGACUUGUGCUCCCUUUUCUAUGGCUUGGCGGGUCCAGGCACAAGGUCUGCUGCCUGCCCGACCCGGUGCAAACCAGGAACAGCAGCUGCUUCGUGCUGGCUGACGCUUCAAGCAGCGAGAACUGAGGGGUGUGGGGGACACCCUGUCCUCUGGUGGUGCGGGAUUCCAGGUUGCAAGCCUGGUAGGGCUGCGUAAGGACCUGCAGGAGCUCCCUAAACGCCAAGAGCUGGAGAGCCACUGUUGGCUCUGGGCCUGAACUUAGCUUAUCCAACCUUUUCCCCAUGCAGAAUCAUUUCAGUAGAUUUUGCCCAAACGCUGAGUGUUACUGGAACCUAUCUUGAUCUAAGAGUUGUGAAAUGCAAGUUUCCUUGAGUCCCCUGACACACACACACACACACACACACACACACACACACACACACACACACAGCUUGGUCCGGGCCAAUGCUGCAUCGCCCCACACCCUAGCCCUGCCAUCGCCUUCUUGGAAGCGCGCAGGAAGCGGGGAGCCAGGGCCCGAGGUCGCAGGGCCUGCGAAACCCUCCCGGCGAGCACUGACUGGAGACUCUCGGGUCCGGACGCGCAGCUUUCAGCGCCCAGACCACCCCAGACCACCCCGAGGCCACCCCGAGGCCACCCCAGGCCACUGGGCAUCUGGACUGCGCGCGCUGGACGCCGAGGAGGGAGUUCUCCCCGGCCCAGCCGCUGCUCCGGUGCCUUUCCCGGCUUGGGCUUGGGCUCGGCUCGCGGGGUGGCUGCGGUCACUGAGUUCGUUUGCUGGAUGAGCCCAGGACCCAGCAGCGGUGGUGGUGGCGGUGACGACGAUAGGGUUUCUUGGGCUGGGAGGAGGGGAACUCCCACCGUAGCGCCGGGCCUGAGUAGUGCCACAACAUAACGCCAUAGUGCCGGCGACAGCAAGGGGAGGCUGGCUAGCCAGGCCACCUAGGGGGCGUCUUGCGGCUUUAGAUGGGGUGCAAGAAAUCUUUGCGGGGCUCCUGGGUCCAGCCAGAAAGCUGGGGGAACCCUGGUCUUCAGCUGCUCCUCAGUCGCUUCCGGAGAUGCCUUUAAGAGAGGUGGCCUCUAAAACCUCCAAAUCUCAGGCCAGGCUGGUACCAGGCUGGCCUGGCCGAGGUCAGAGGUCGUGAGGGGAGGACUGAGAGACCCUUUCCCCACCUCGAGCGGCCAGGCCCAGGCUGCCAAAGGCUCAGGCUGCGAGAUCCGGGGUUUCCUCUCGCCCUGCACCCACCCCAGCCUGCCCAGCAGAAGGGGCCCGGGACCCCCGGCUUUCCCGCCCCUCCUCCCAGCCCCCAGGCCUGGCUGCGCUCCGGGGCUGGAUGGCGUGAAAGUUUCAGCCUCAAUCAGUACAAUCUUCCCUCGGGGUCACGUGAACAAAUAUGUUCGCAUUUGAAGGCAGCCUCUGUAUUUCCCGACUAUGAGGGGCUUUCCGGGGCUCUCCAAAUCCAGAAAGGGCCACCUUCCGAAAGCAAAACAAACCCCCAGCUCUGGGGGGGCCUGGGAGGGCUGGGCAGGAACCCAGGAGUGGGUGGGGGCGCGGGUGGCCGCAGCUCUGGGCCUGGGAGCCGGCAGGACAGGCGGGCGGGUGGACCGACGGGCGCGCAGCGCAGGCGAAGCCAGCUCUGGGACUACGGACUAGUUCCUCCUGCGUUUAUUGGUAGUUGAACCUCAGCCUGGUUCCGUUCUACCGGGAAUUGUGUGCUCGGGUAUAUGGUCGCGUCUGCCAGCGCGCAAGACCAGGGUUGGGACAGUGUUGUCUGCAGACAAAGGGGGAAGUCUAGCUCUGCCCCCCACUGGCGCCCACACUGAGGCUGAGGACACCAGGUUUAUGAUAAAUUAGAAUCCAGGUCACGUGGAACCUGGAACUGUCCCAUCUCAUUCAGGAUCCUGCAGACAUUGGAGGGGGUGGUGAAGGAGACAGUGGUGGUCAAUGUUAUUUGAGCAGGGUCAGCAGACCCUGGAGCUCCGUGAUUGCACGAUGCAGAAGGCUGCUUACUAUGAAAACCCAGGACUUUUUGGAGGCUAUGGCUAUGGCAAAGCCACUGACACUUAUGGCUACAGCAACCCUCAUCAACCUUACCCACCCCCUGCUGCUGCCAAUGCCCUGGACACAGAUUACCCUGGUUCUGCCUGCUCCAUCCAGAAUUCUACACCUCUUCGAACCCCAACCCAUAAGGGAGCAGAACUCAAUGGCAGCUGCAUGAGGCCUGGUAAUGGGAACAGCCAGACUGGGGGUGGUGGCAGUCAGCCCCCCGGUCUGAACUCAGAGCAGCAGCCACCACAGCCUCCUCCUCCACCACCCACUUUACCCCCGUCCUCACCUUCCAAUCCUGGAGGUGGAGUGCCAGCCAAGAAGGCCAAGGGUGGGCCCAAUGCUUCUGGCUCCUCAACCACCAUCAGCAAGCAAAUUUUCCCCUGGAUGAAAGAGUCACGACAGAACUCCAAGCAGAAGAACAUCUGUACCAGCGCAGGAGAGAGCUGCGAGGACAAGAGCCCGCCAGGCCCGGCGUCCAAGCGGGUGCGCACGGCGUACACGAGCGCGCAGCUGGUGGAGCUGGAGAAGGAGUUCCACUUCAACCGCUACCUGUGCCGGCCGCGCCGCGUGGAGAUGGCCAACCUGCUGAACCUCACCGAGCGCCAGAUCAAGAUCUGGUUCCAGAACCGGCGCAUGAAGUACAAGAAGGACCAGAAGGCCAAAGGCAUCCUGCACUCGCCGGCCGGCCAGUCUCCGGAGCGCAGCCCGCCGCUCGGAGGCGCCGCGGGCCACGUGGCCUACCCCGGCCAGCUGCAGCCGGUGCCCGGCCUGGCCUACGACGCGCCCUCGCCGCCCGCCUUCGCCAAGUCUCAGCCCAACAUGUACGGGCUGGCCGCGUACACGGCGCCGCUCAGCAGCUGCCUGCCGCAGCAGAAGCGCUACGCCGCGCCCGAGUUCGAGCCUCACCCCAUGGCCAGCAACGGCGGCGGCUUCUCCAGCGCCAACCUGCAGGGCAGCCCGGUGUACGUGGGUGGCAACUUCGUCGACUCCAUGGCCCCCGCGUCCGGGCCGGUCUUCAACCUGAGCCACCUCUCGCACCCUUCCUCGGCCAGCGUGGACUACAGCUGCGCCGCCCAGAUCCCCGGCAACCACCACCACGGACCCUGCGACCCGCACCCCACCUACACAGAUCUCUCUGCCCACCACUCCUCUCAGGGACGCCUGCCCGAGGCCCCCAAACUGACGCAUCUGUAGCAGCCGCCGCCGGCCCUGACUCGGUGCACUUACCUCUUGGGCUUUGGGCUAAGGCUGGGGUGGCGGGCGGGGCCCGCGGGGCAGCUUACCGACCUCCCUCCCUCCCUCCCUGCUCCGGCCUGGGUCGCUAUUUCCCGGGUCUCAGGGCGAACAGCGGCCAAGGCGCAGGCGGCCGGCCGGGCCUCCUCCCCUCCAAGGCGCACCUUCCUUCGGGUGGUUCGCUAUAGAUCAGCCGCCACGAUCCUCCCCUGUAAACCUGACAGUGCCAUAGACGGCGGAUGGGGGGACUCUGUUAAUGGGGUCCCGAAGGUAAGUCUGAGCUCCACCGGCGGUGUGCCCCAUGGAGGGCCCAGAACACGCAGAGUGCCCGGCCGGCCGGCCGGCCCGCGUCUAGCUUAGUGGCGGAGACCUUAAUUUAUAUCCUCCUUCCUAUCCCCGUAAGGAUUGCAUCGGACUCAAUGAUCUGUAGAUCUGUAUUUAUUAUUUGAAGCGAGUUAUUUCGUUUCCCUGAUUAUUUAUCCUCGUCUUAAUGUAUUUAUGUGUAUAUUUGUAGAAUUCUCCAGCCAAGCUUAGAAACGCGCUCCCAGGCCGCGGGGGGCCACAUUUCACCUCUUUAGUCCCCCUUGGUCUGAACUAGUUGAGAGAGUAGUUUUGAACAGUUGUAACCGUGGCUGGUGUUUGUAGUUGAUGUAAAGGAUUAAGACCGCAGAUUGUUCUUUCUGGGUAGAGUCAGGCAACCUGGUUAUUCAUUUCUCAACAGCCGCAGCCCUCACCACUCGACACAGUUUAUUGAUUUCAAAUUGUCUGGUACUAUUUGGACAAAUAUUUAGAAUAAAAAAAAUUCUCAGUCGGAAGUGUAUCUGUGUUGAUCAGUCACACAUGAAAAUAGGUCACCUCUGCCUUUCUAGCACGAUCCCCAGGAAGAUCCCCAAAUAGGAUAAUUUCUGAAACCGACUUUUUCCCUUCAUUUAUUGGGUACCCAGCAUGAAAUUGGCUCUGGGGAUACCUGAGAGGCCAUUCCAGCUUUGACAUGGGGG